AUGUCGGGACCGCUAGUUAUUUAUCCCUUUCAUACUAAUGUCUUUUUUAGACCCGAAAAUGCAGAGGUGGUGUCAAAUAAUUUGUGGAAGCCCUUAGAAAAGGAAGAGGAGCAGCGCUUCGAAAUUUCCAGACCGGCAAGCUGGUGUCUUGGUAUACCAAACCAUGGCAUUGGAAUUCAGUCUUUCGAAACCUACACAAACAGCAUACUGUGCCGCUGCACAACUGAGUCCGAGACAGAAUUGGAGCCGACAAUCAAGUUUGAGAUAUGCUUGCAGCAUCGCCUCACAAGUGCAGAAUCCGAGCAGAUGAUUGAACUUUCGAAGGAUUUGGACGUCGACGUUUUAGUGACAGCCUGUGAUAUCUAUUCUAGGAAGAUGGAAAGCAAAGGCAAGCGAGUGUUGUAUAUUUUAGGGUCUGAGGCUCGUGUCACUGCAGCCAAGCCUCACGUAAUAGCUCUUCUGGAGCUUUUCAACAACAAAAUUAUGCAAUACGUUCAUCUGGAAUCCCCGGCAUUGAUACCGGUGUGUGCUGGUGCUAAUCUUAAUAAUUUGAAGAGUUUCCGCGACCUAUAUGGUACCAAAGUAAUCAUCCCAGAUAUUUCGGAUACAGGGGCCGAUAGCAUAUUUCUCUCCGGAGACGCCCAUUUUUCUGUGCUCAUGGCCAAGGAGCGUCUCGAGAAUAUGUUAGCGGGUGCAAAGGAUAGCUUUUAUCAUGCACAACUGCCCAAUGUUUCGUCAUUAAAGCUCCAGUUUCUAAACAGAUUCAGGCAACGCCAAAUUACCACAAUUAUAGAAAAACACCAGUGCUAUAUCAAAGUAGAAGAAUCAACGGUAAGCUUCGUUGCUACAUCAGAGCACGCUUUGAGUUCGGCUUUAAGACAGUUUACGCUAGAAAUUUUAAUGCCUGUCCUCGAGGCCCAGUUUGCUUUUCAGGAUCAGACAGGCGGCUAUUCUUCACAAGAUAACCUAGAGCUUCAGCUGGAUCAAAUCGCAUCAAACAGAAAUAUUCUCAUAGCACAACUCAAUCCUCCUUUAACUAACUUCGUUUUGAUAGGAGCAUCCCAAGACAUAGCUAAAGCGACAGCAUCAAUAGAGAAAUUGAACAUUCCGGGCAAUGUACAGAUUCGAUAUCUCCUAGAGUUACACCCCGAAUACAGGGAUUUCAUUUCUGGCAAGAAAAAUGGUAAAAUAACGAGAAUCAUGGAAAACGCUAAAUGCAGCAUAGCAUUAGAGUCACAAGAAAACGCCAGUAACAUGUGCUUAUCUCUCAUUUCAGAUUCUUUCGCGGAUGCAAAAAUCGGAGUGCAGUUGUUAAACGAUGAGCUGCCCGCAGAGGAUUCAUUUUUCAUACCGGAAGCGUAUCACAGGCCCAUCAUAGGUACUCGGGGUUCAGUAAUCCAAACAAUCAUGAGAAGAUACAACGUCUUUAUCCAGUUUUCCAACACAUACCAAUCUCAUCAAAAUGAUAUUGGCCUCAACAGGCACGACAACGUGAUCAUAAGAUGCCCAUACAAAAAUAGGAAGUCUAUACCUGCGGCAAAAGAGGAGCUCAAGCGAAUUGUAGCAGAAUACAGCGAGUUACAACCCAAAGCAUACCUUAAGCUUUCUCUUGGUCAGUACCGUUAUUACUUCCAGGAAACACGCGAUCAUAAGCAUAAUGUAAUUGGAGAAAUCGAGAAGAAAACCGGGGCUUAUAUUCUAUUUCCAACUGAGAUUCCAGGAAAAAGUGUAAAGCUGGAGGUGAGGGGAAAUGACCAAACUGCAGCCAAAGCUGCUCACGAGUUGAUGGCGCUUUUUGCCUCUGAGAGACAAAUAACUGUCGAUAGUAACAUUUCCGAUGCCGCAGAUUUUUCUAAUCAAGUUGUGGCAUCGUUGAAGAAAGGAAUGAAUGUGGAUACCACACUCGACGGAAAUACCGUAAGCCUCAACUACAAGAACAUUGAUGAUAAGCAAAUGGAAAAAGCGCUCGAAAUUCUGAAGAACUACAUCACUUCUAAAGGAAUGCAAAUAAAAUCGGACGUACAGAUGCAUCCUCAUUCUAUCUUUGAAAGUGAUCUAUACCCACCAGAUAAUGCAGCUGCUACAGCUGAAGGAAUUUGA